AUGCUCACCUACUAUUAGGAAUUUUUAGAGAAGGGAAAAAAUUAUUCUUUAAUAACAAAGAAAUUCUUUAUUAAUUUUAAGAAAAAAACUAAAAUUUACUUAAAAGAAUUUGUGAAUUAAAAAUUUGAUCAGAAGAGGAGAAAAUGCAAAUAAAAGUAAAAGUCCUAAUAAAUCAUAGGUUCUUGUUCGUAUAUAAAAAGUAUAAAGCAAUUGAAUAUAGUUUAUUGAAGAUUUCUUGA